GCUUAAGAAUUCUUCUUUUCACAACCAGUUUGGUAGCAAAAAAUGGCAGGUGUAGCUCUAGAGGUAGGGAUAGAAGUAGCAGAGAUAGGAGUUGUGGUAGCAGAGGCAGCUGAUAUAGCUGCAGUGGCUGCAGAAGCUGCAGACACGACUGCCAUAGUAGGAGAGAUGAUUGAUGCUGAGCUUACCACAACCAUGGAGACUAGUCUUGAUGCUACAAUAGGAGAGGAUGUGGGCAACGUCAUCAGCGAGACUGUAGACCAAGAGAUCUCCGGAGAACUGCAACAAGUGAUAGAUGAGUCAACUAGUGCAGGUACAGAUACUGCUGCAGAAGAUAGCACAGCCGGUGAAGCAGGGAAAACAAAAUCCUCCAUGCUCCAAAUAAUAAAGAAAUGGGCUCAUAGAAUCCUUAAUGCUUACAUGCUCAUGGACAUGGUAGGCAAGAAGAUAAUGGAAAUCGUGAAUGCAGCCCAAGGUAAAGGAGGUGCAGGGCAGCCUAAACUAACAGCACAAGAAAUAAAAGAUAUGACUGACUUAGAAAAGGCCGUUGAAGAUAUGGGUCUCAUAUAUCAAUCACUUCAUGAGUCUAUCAAAAUCAUCUCAGACAGUACCGACUUUCUUGGGAAUGAGACUGUCACGAUGAAUGGAGUCACUGCUACUGUCAAGGAAUUGGUUGACAGCAUUCUGACUGACAUAACAAAGGAAUUCAAAGUAUGCCACACAGUACUAUUACAUACUCCCUUCACGUCCAGUAAUGUAACUGCUCUUGGGAAUGCAGUUUAUAAAGCAGUCCUAAAGAUGGGUGCUCUCUUUGAACUGCAGGCAAAAUCAAAAGUAUUAACAGUAUAUAAAGUUCCAAGUAAGGACAACAAGGCAACGCUGGAUAAAAUCCUCCAGUUGCAGUACUUUACCUCAAGGAACAUGCGUAUUAAGAAGAUUGAAGAUAUCCUGAAGAAUCCAACAACACAAAAUCAUGCAAAGUCUGCAGCUAUCAGUGCAGGGAGUGCUGUCAUUCAUUCGGACGUGUUUGCUGCCACAAAGUCAGAGACAAUACGUCAAUAUCAGUCACAAGCAAGGGACAAGGCAAAAAGUGCAGCCAAAGAUGCAGGGAAGAGUGCAGCAAUGAAAUACAUACCUCAGUACGUUGCUGAGUCUAUGGUACCAUUUGUUGGGUCAAUGCUUGCUGGAAGAGUGAAGGAUCACAUGAAAUCAUCAGCUAAAGAUGCAGCAACAAGGGCAGCCAAAAAGGAAUUAAAGAGUUUUUUUGGAUCGCAAGCAGUGAAGGCUGGAAUAGCAAAAAUUGCUAGAGAUGAGACAAGGAAGUAUUCUGCUCAGAAGAGUAAAGAAAUUAAAGCUGCAGCAGAUAGUGCUGUCAAAAAAUCAUUGCAGACUGCAUUGAUCCAAGCUCAUGUCUAAUCAGAAUUAAUGAACACAAUUUGAUAGCAGUAGUUUCAUAGUUUAGUUCAAUCUUUAGUAUUAUUUAAUACAUAUGUACAUGUACAUGCAUAUGUACCUUUAUAGAAAUCUUUAUCAUAAUAAUCCUAUUUCUUUAAAAUAAGCAAUAAUAUCUUAGCAAA